AUGGAAGUCGAAUCCGAUGAUCGGGUCGAGUACCAGCCGGCCACCGCGCCGCCGCCAACUCGGACCGUGGCCUCCCGCCCAAUGUCGGCGCACCAGCCCUACAACCAACGCCGGCAGGGACCACAAAAGCAAAACCACGCGGACCGGCCCAUUUCCGCGAAACCGAACCUGCAGGAGAACAAGGCCUCCGCGUCCUCUGCUCAGAUCCUGGAUGGCUCAUCUUCGUCCCCGAACCGAUACAGGACCAGUCCGGACAGAAAUUAUUUCGCGGCAGGUGCUGGUUCCGGUGUCGGCGCUUAUCAGCAGCAAGUACCAAUGCCGACGAACAUGGCAAAACCGCUUUUCUCCUACAACACCGCCGCGUCGUCCUCAACUGCCCGCGGAAUGAUGACUCACCAGCAACAGCAAGUGCAAGAGAUGAGAAAAACUUCUCGUACCUACGGGUCCGGUAGCGCAGCCGCGGCGCAGCACGCGCAGCGAGUGAACGGCUCGUUCGCGGACCACCUUCAGGCUGUGUCGAUGAAGGAGCCGGAAGCGCCCCUCGCACCAUCGGUGUCUUCGCAAAGAACGAGGCCUGGGGUAGGGAGUCAAAAGCAAAGCAAUGAAAAGGGAAGGAGCGUAAGUGGUCGAGAACCCACAGGCAAGGAAACGAUUCCGCAGUCCAAUACAGCCGGUCCUCGUGGCAAGCAGCACCAGCAGCCGAACUUCCGGCAGGUGGAGCAGAAUCUUUCGAGCCCGAAUAAGCAGUUUUUCUUCUCUCCCGACACCUUCCCCUCGGUCAGAACAGGCGGACACGUGCAACCGGCGCGCCGGGAACCGGAUCCGACGACGAGCAACCUGAUUUUCUAUCACGACGAACCGGAGGACGACGUGUUUUUCGAUCCGGCGAUGGAGCCGCAGGAGCCCGAUCCCGGUCGCGCAGCGAAGAAAUCCAGUAAAACUUUCCGCUACAAGUUUGGUCCAGCCUCGACCGUGUACGGGAAGGACCGAACGCUGAACUACACAACGCACUUGACCGACAUCGCGCACUACCGGCCCUACUCUGCGCAGCCGGUGGUCGAGGCCAAGCCGGUUUCCCGGCCGGUCAGCGCGUCCGGGUACGAAGACGGAGGCAUGGACGUGUUUAUGGAGGAAGAGCCCGCGCCGCACGGCCACUUCGCGCACCGCCUGGACCCGGACCGCCCACGCGCCCAGUCAGAAGACGCGUAUGGCUCCGGCGGUGCAGUACCGGGUUCCCUGCAAGUAAGAAUGCAAGCAGACCGCGCGUAUUCCGAUUUGCCGCCGGAAACGAACGUGUUCCUUGAGCCCGCCGGGAUAGCCGCGAAAGCGGUAAAGGAACCGAACGAAACGGGCGUCCAGAUGGUCCGGCCGCCGAGCGCAAUGGCUACUGCUGUAGCUGCUCCGGCGAAACCCGAUGCAGCGAAACCACCGAAGCCGGCGAGCAAGCAGCGCCAGAUUGUGUUUUCGGACAAAACCGCGAGUAGCUCGGCAUCCAACGCUGCGCAGCCACCAUCCAACGCCGCUGCGUCUUCAGGCUACGGGUUAGGGAGCCAGCGGGUGGGCAUCCAGGACAUCUUGGCGCAGCCGGAAGUGCAGCAGAACGUGCCCCAGGUGCGGAAACCGCCGGUCGGCAAGUUUGAUAAGGCUCCCCCGGGCGGGGACCCGCAGAACCCCUCGGUGCUUGCCAUCCGACCCAGCAGCGCACGACCGCCACCGCCAAACCCCAAGAUGGAGAUCAAGUUGCCUCCCACGCCGUUCCACCAAGCGGUAUUGAGUUUUCCCUGGAUUACUGAUAUGGAUAUUGCAUAAACAAGAACUGUCGAGGAAGAGGAGGAGCACUCCGACGCACAUAAAACGCAAAAAGUGACUGAAUUUCAUACUCAGGCGAAGCAACUGGGCCCUCAGUGGACGAAGCUGAGCCGGCUUUAUUCCGCACCUCCUAAACGUCCACCACCAGCCUUGGAUCCAGGCGCACCGCUGGAGCGCGUCAUCCCAGAGCCGGAAUUCGAAACGCGCAUGCCUGUGAACAAACGUACUGAAACUGUUAUGGGUAAAAUCAUUCUAUGGUGAUUGCAUUGGAAGAAGGGUCGGCUCAUGUGAAUCGUCGUGUGCAAGUGCACUUGCACAGAGCAAAGCGCCCACUUAGUACUUAUGAAGAGAACAAAAGAGAAUCAUGAACCACGACAGGUAAACUCGUGGAGCUGCAACAAGCGGCACUAGCCGGGGACCGCAGGCUUGUCAAAGCCUACUGUAUCACAAACAAAAAGUAUCUCCACUGCACAGACGAUGACGGCUUCACGCCACUGUAUUUUUUGCUGCGAUAAUAUUUUCAUCCGAGAUGAUGUAGUUGACGUAGUUGUUCCGAGAGCAAAUUGUUCAUCCCUCAAAAAACCUUCUCAGCAUCCUCUGUCACGCAAAUACAGGCACUACGCGGCCAUCGGUGGAAGCGGCGAGUGUUUUAUCAAAUGUAAAAAUGUCUGGGUCUGGAAGGGUUGGAACUUGUGAUGCAAACUCUGGAACACACAAAAAAUUGUGUUGCAUGACCGCCAAAAGCUGUCCAUUUCUUGGCACGCAAGUAGGAAGUUUCUCAUGCGGGACAGGCAUCAUGAGGCGUGCUCAACACCUGUGAAGCUUUUGCCUGCAUCAGACGCCAUUUGCGUGAUCCGAAAUAUGCAUGACAAAUCUCGCAAUCUUCCAGACCCAGACAUUUUUACAUUUGAUAUGUUUCCGGCAGAUGCUGUACGCGGGGGCGGACCCCGAGCACUUCGGCCGGGGUCGGUGGACGGCCGCGCACGCCGCGGCGGCGAACGAGCAGACGCACGUGUUGCAGGUGAUCAAGGAAGAGUGUCCGGAAAUGUUUUCCUUCACGGACGACAAGGGGUGGACACCGCUCGAGUGGCUCCGGGUGGUGGUGGCAAAGACUUCCAAGGGUCCGACCGUUGGGAAAACCCAGUCUGCGCGGAACCGCAAGUCCUUGCUGCAGCCGGAGGUGCGGGAGGUCUCCAGAUUCCACCACCCGCUCGCGCAUCGGGACGAAAAAAUCAUGAUGAGCAGAAGUGCACGGCAGGGGAAGAGCGCAAGGCCAGGGAUUGGCGAGUGGCAGAGAUAA